UUUAUCAGUUUAGGUUUACAUGAAUUGUUCUUUUUCAGAGCUGAUGCGUAUGCAGAAUCAGUAGUGGGUGCAGAGCUGUAUGUCAGUCCAGAAGUUUUGAAAAAGAAAUAUAAGUCCAAAAGUGACAUCUGGUCACUGGGAUGGUUGCUCCAUGAUCUCUGCAUGCUGGAUGUGUGGUCAGAUGUCAUAGAGCGUCGUUUUCAACAUAUCAACAGUAUGAGAGGAAACACCCCCCAAAUCUCGGAGAGAUAUUCAGAAGAACUACGAAAAUUAAUCCAAGAAAUGCUCAGCUGUGACCCUAGACAUAGACCUUCAGCUGAUGAGAUUCUAGCAAAACCAUUCCUAAAAGAUGCUGUAAACAGAAACAGGAGAUUUCCAGAAGCACUGGAACGAAGGUUCAUGAUGUCCUUAAGGAUCUUUGAUGAGACCUACAAUGAGCACUACGACCAUUUUGAGGCCUUAGUUUCAGAGUGGGGAGAAACAACAGCUUCACUAGAGGAGGUUCAUCAUAAAUGCACAGCAGGCACUCUGGCAGGUUCAGUGAUUGGAGCAGCAGGAGGAAUCACUGCAGUGGUUGGUGCGAUUUUAGCUCCUUUCACUCUUGGAGCAUCUCUGAUUGUUACAGGUGUUGGGAUUGGAGUUGGAGUUGCAGGUGGUGUAACAGGUGCUGCGUCCAGUGUUACCAAUGCAGUCAAACAAAAAUCACUCCGUGAGAAUAUUCAAAGAAUUCAGCAGAAUUUUACAGAUGUGACACCACUUCUCGAGUCACUGAAUGCACUGAGAAGGGUACUGAGAGUAAUCCAAAAGUUCAGGGAUUUUGUCAGUAACUCCUCUGACAACGUGCAAAUGUCAAGCAAUGUAGACAGAAGAAGACUAGUGUGCGGCACAGAACUCAUGCAUCUAGGUCUGCUUGCAAAUGUUGGCAGAAUUGCUGCUCAAACCGCCAGAGUAGGACGCGCGGCAGCAACAGCAGUAGCCGCAGUCACAGGAGUGUUGAGUGGAAUCCUAGUCAUUGUUGACACUGCAUUCAUAGUGAUGGAUUCUAUAGACAUUCACCAGAUGAGACAGGGACAAGUAGAUGAUCCAGAAAGGGUCAGGUCAAGUUUACUCAAGUCCAUUGCUCAGAUGAGGAAAACACAUACAGCUCUUUGCAAUGUCUUAAAGGAAAUUAAAGAAGCAAGAGAGGAACUAAAAGACUAUAUAGAGGUGGCCAGGGCUGAAAGAGAUUUAUACACAGAUUUUGAGAGUUUAAACAUAUAAAUAUGAUACCAGUCAGAGACUCAUGCACCAUCUUAGAUUUGUCUGUGAGCUUGAGUGAAGAAAAAGCGUUUUGCUGAAAAUGAAUUAAAUGUCUAUGUUGUACACAGUCAAACAACAGAAGACGUGUGACGUAUGAGGUCAGACGUUUGCAAUCAUUCUAUUUUGUAAAUAUCAGCUAAUAUAUAUUAAAGACUUUAGAUAUACAAAGAUGGUGCACUCUGGUGGAAUAGUCCUGUCUUCUAAAUCACUAAUUGUUGAAGUUAUUGCAUCACCGCAGCUGAGAGUGCAAAGAGGUGUUUCAAAGAUGGCCACUGAGUGAAAUGACUUGCCUUAAAGGGACUUUGCUAUGUAUCUAUUAUACAUAAGACAAUGGGUCUCAUUCAUUAGUGAUUACAAGGAUCAUUCCUAUUCAUACAAAGGAGAACUAAAA